AUGGUGCAAAACUUGGAGGGGAUUGAAGCGCAGAAGAUUGAGAUAAGCGUUGACCUAUUUGCUGCAGCCAAGAACCAACUUCAGUUCCUCGAAGUUGUUGAUCAGAACCGGUGGCUCUACGACGGUCCUAUACUCGAAAGAGCCAUCUACAGAUACAAUGCUUACUGGCUUCCUUUGCUUGCCAAAUAUUCCGAGUCUUCCUCGAUCUGCGAAGGACCAUUAGUCCCUCCUUUUGACUGUGAAUGGGUUUGGCACUGCCACAGGCUUAAUCCGGUGAGGUACAUGUCUGAUUGUGAGGAAUUCUAUGGGAGAGUUCUGGACAAUUCAGGCGUUGUAUCUUCCGCAAAUGGAAGUUGCAAAUUACAAACUGAGAAUCUAUGGAAGAGAUUGUAUCCUAUGGAGCCUUACGACCUUGAUUUGAACAAGGAAGAGCCAGAUGAUAUCUCAGCUAUUGAGAGAUGCACUACCUAUGAUCUUGUUUCAGCUGUCCAGAGGCAAAGCUCAUUUUAUAAUGAGGUUUCGAGAGCCCAUGUAGAUAGUGACAUCAUAAUCCAAGAAGCUGUUGGUAGAUACAAAGCAUUUCUCUACUUGAUCAAGAGAAGCCGCGAAAAGUUGAUCAACUUAAUCAGUGUUCCCACUUACGACAUUGAUCUAAUCUGGCAUGCACAUCAACUAAAUCCGUCCUCUUACUACAAAGAUAUGGAAAAGAUCUUGGGUGAAAUCUUACAACAUGAUGAUACAAUUUCUGACACAAGCGAAAGUAAGAAGCUGGACACAGCUUUCUCUGGAACUACUACUCAAUGGGAAGAAACAUUUGGUCAAGGGUAUUGGAUAGCCAAUGCGGAGAUGGCUACAGUUGUGCUGGCAGCUGAGAAGAGCGGUGCAGGCUCUAGGUGCUUGGCCGAGGCUGCUGAGAAGCACGAUGUGGGUGCAAGGUGUUGUGUGGACGUGGCGACUGAGAAGAACAAUGCUCGGUGCUUGGCAGUGGUGCAUGAGAAGAAAAGUUCUAGAUGCUUGGCGGUGGUGCCAGAGAAGAAAAAUGCUCGGUGUUUGGCCGUAGUGCCUGAGAAGAAAAGUUCUAGGUGCUUGGCUGUGGUGCCUAAGAAGAACAAUGCUCGGUGCUUGGCUGUGGUGCCUAAGAAGAACAAUGCUCGGUGCUUGGCGGUGGUGCCUGAGAAGAGCAGUUCUAGGUGCAUGGCCGUGGUGCCUAAGAAGAACAAUGCUAGCUGCUUGGCGGUGGUGCCUGAGAAGAACAAUUCUAGGUGCAUGGCCGUGGUGCCUAAGAAGAACAAUGCUCUGUGUUUGGCGGUGGUGCACGAGAAGAAAAAUGCUGGGUGCUUGGCGAUGGUGCAUGAGAAGAAUAGUUCUAGUUCUAGGUGCUUGGCGAUGGUGCAUGAGAAAAACAGUUCUAGGUGCUUGGCGGUGGUGAAUGAGAAGAAAAAUGCUCGGUGCUUGGCGAUGGUGCAUGAGAAAAACAGUUCUAGGUGCUUGGCGGUGGUGCAUGAGAAGAAUGGUGGAUGUGGUAAUAUGAUGAAGAAUAAUGCUAAUGAAGAAUUAGCAGAUGCUCUAAACGGCCCCGUUGCAGCUUAA